AACUAUGAAGGAGAAAGCCACUGUGGCUACAGCCAUUUUCAGCCAUUUUGCAUUCGCGCUUGGUUGGCGUACUACGACGGCAGGUCAUCUCGGCUUUUCGUCGCUCAUCUCUUCGGAAAAAAGGAAAAAACAAAUAAUCACGGCCCGCAGGCAAUCUCCGUGCGAUCAUUCGUCAUCUCCGGGGGUUUAGUCCGUCGGUUUUCGUUACUUGUUCCUUAGGUGUAUCCAGUGUGUGUUAGGUGAAAGUAUCAGGUUUAGAAGUCCCAGCCCUGGAUUUAAAAAAAAAAUAAAAUAUUAAUAAUAAAGUGCUGCAGUUGAACUUUCGUUUUUCUCAUCUUUGCUGAAUUUCAUUAUUACUUACCAAUUUGCUGCUUGGUCGUCUUAUUUCGCGACUGCGUCUAAUGUCACGUGGUACCUUUAGCCAAACGACUCAUUAUUGAAGAAAGAAGGUUGUCGAGUACAAAGGUAAAAAUCUCCAAAUAUAAAUGUAAUCAAAUUAGCUUUUAUUCUGGGAGGGAAGUGUUGUGAUUUACAGAAUGGUCACGUACUUUGCUCUCUGCCUUCUGUUUACAUUUUAUUAUUAUUUUCUAAAAUUUGAAAUUAAAUUUAAAUUCUACUUAUUAGAAUAAAGUACAAUUAAAGGCUUUUUAAAACUUUGCAAUGAUUAACUUCAUAGUUACCGAGUGAGUGGUAAGUAAUUGUUAAACAAUGGAGUUUAUCAAUAAAAAAAUUACGUUGAUAUAACCAUAUCCCUGUCUGUAUGAAAACUCCUUUUAUGUUUAUUGACAGUACAGAAUCAACCUUAAUUUAUAAAGUGAUGAAGCUUGAGACUAUCAGGUUUAUUAAAAAGUCAAGAGAUUGUAUUAGAAUGUGACAACUUUUUUCUUCAAAACUGUUAUUUUGUUACAAAUACAUUAAACAAAGGUAAGUUUCUGGCUUCCAAAGAAGAAAACUAAGUAAUUUGGUACUUAUUGUGAACGGUUUAAUAAAAACAAACCCAAACUUGACUUACUAUUCCUCAUCUCAUAACAGACAAAAAAUUGAAAAUUUGCAAUGGCAAGUAGUUGCAUGGAGUCAUCCUAAACGUUGCGACGAUUAAUUGAAUCGAGAAGCAGCUCCAAUUGGAUGCCGAUUUCAGCUGUUCUUUCGUUUAUCUCGGGACCGGACUUCGCGCAAGUACUGCUGACUGGGUGAUCGCGACAUCGGCAGCAAGUUGGAGAAAAUUCUGUCGCCGUACGGAGUGAGAAAGAAACACCUCGUCUAUUAAAUUAAAUUUAUGAAACAGCGUAACUACCUUCAAAAUGAGUGUGAUAAUUAGGCUGCAGAAUCUGGCGUGGUCCGCCAAUGCGUUGGACAUCCGUCAGUUUUUCCGUGGACUCAGCAUUCCCGAAGGUGGCGUUCACAUUGUUGGUGGUGAAUUAGGCGAUGCUUUUAUUGCCUUUAGCACGGACGAAGAUGCCCGACAGGCGAUGAUGCAGGAUGGAGGUAAAAUCAAAGAAAUGAAAGUUAAGCUUUUACUGAGCUCUCGUACGGAAAUGCAAAAGGUUAUUGAGACUGCGCGACAACAAACCCUCAGUCUUCAAAAUGCGUUCAUGCAGUCUAGUACACCGGCAGCGGUAACUCCCGCAGCUAACAAUUUGUCCAAGCCCGCAAGUGAUUCCGGUAACAAAGACCGCAAAGAUCGUAGAAGCGACAGGUCGCGAUCACGUGACAGGUCUAGAUCCCGUGACCGAGACCGAGACCGUGAUCGUCGCGAUAGAGAUCGUGGGGGUAGAGAUCGUCGUGGUGGUCGUGGUAGGGAUAGGAGCCGUUCUCGUGACCGCGAUCGCCGCGACAGAGAUCGUCGAGGAGGACGUAGAGGUCGUGAUAGAUCAAGAUCUCGUGACCGUACACGUUCACGCGAUCGCGAUGCUAAACGCGGUAACGAGCGUCGAAAAGAAAACGUCGAAGAGGAUUCGAAUGAUGUUGUGUGCGUUGGUCAGUUCACUGCCAAAGAAAAAGGACCAGCAAUGGGUCCAAAUAAUAAGGGAGGUAUGCCCGAAAAUGGUAUUUGGGAAGUCCCGCCCCAGAAUCAAAUACAAAACAUGAUGAUUCCAAGUCUACUAAAUGCCGCAGUCGCUGCGUCGGUGAUGCCUGACAACGAUCGACCUAAUUCAAUGAGCCUGAAUUCUGGCUCCUUGAUCUCAAGUACUCAGUUUGGUAUGAAUAACGGGAUGAAUGGCAUUAAUAAUAUGAUGUCUAAUCAGAUGCCUUCGCUAAGUCACUCGAUGAAUUCCAUGGGUGGCUCUGGACCUAAUCGUGGUCGAGAACACUGGAAUGACAGAAUGGAUAACAACAGAUUCCCUCCUAAUCGGUCGAGUAAUUUUUCACAGGAUGGUAAUUUCGGUUCAAACAACGGUAACUUUAGGCCUGGCAUGAAACAAGGUCCAGGAUCAAGUAACAAUAGUAACUUCUACAAUAAGAUGCAGGAGUUAGAUAGCCGGCGUAAUCCCCAUGCGUUUCAGUCGUCUAAUCAUAGACCUUUUGACAAUGGAUCUGGUAAAGACAGAGACGUGCGGAGUAAUUCACGUUUCGAUAAUCGUAAAGAUAAGCAUGUCGGCUACUGCGUCGAGAUUAGAAAUAUGCCUUUGAGUUCUAGCUACGGUGAUGUUCGUCAAACUUUCCAAGGUAUUUAUAUUAGAAACGACGGUAUCAAGAUGAUUACCGACACACAUGGUAAUCGCGUAGGCAUUGCUUAUGUAAAAUUCAAUAGUUUUGAACAUAAAGAGUUGGCUUUGAAAGGUAAUAAAUUCGUUAGGGGCUCGGAAGUCGAAGUUUUGCAUCUUGACGAAUCGAUAUUUGACAAGACGAUAGACUCUUACGACAAGUCAAGGCAUCAGGACAAAAUUGAGGAUGUUGAAAUGGAGAUUAGCCCAACCCCGUCAAGCUGCGUGCUAGUGUCUGACUUACCUUCCUAUGUGAAAGAAAUGGAUAUUGCCAAGCUCUUCUCUGACUGGAAGAUCAACGACCUUUUCAUUACAAGUCAUAAAGAUGGCAGUAUGACUCUAUAUUACGCGUACGUCCAAUUCGCUAGGUUAGACGACGCUAAACUUGCCCUGUCUAAAUCUUUUAAAAUGGGUCCCAAACCCAUCCAAGUAACUUCGAUCCCCGAGGACAAAUUCGAGAAAGCGAAACAUGAACACGAGCAGAAAGUCGGUAGUGGCGGUAGUGGUGGUAGUAAUGGUCCAGCCUUUGAUUGUAUCAUUAUGCGUGGAUUACCUUACCAUACGAGCGAACGUGAUAUCCUCGACUUCUUUUCUGACAUUGGUUUGGUUCCUCAUCGAAUACACAUGCUUCUGAAUCAAAGUGGAAAACCAGCUGGCGAGUGUUUCUGUGAAUUCGACGUGUGCGAAGAUGCAGUUCGCGCAGUUGCAAAGAACGGUAUGCCACUCGGUAAGAGUGUCCCCACGAUUGAACUUGUGAAUCGCAACAAAAUGGUGGAAACCCUCAGACUGGUAGACAAUGCCGAAAUCACGGAAGAGUAUCAGCACCAGGCGUUCCCACGAAUACAGGAUUCACGACCACGAUUUUCAUCAAUGGGACAUCCACGAUUCGGUGGCAUGGGUGGUGGUAAUGGGUUCGGUAUGCGCGGACCACCCAUGAUGGGCAUGCCUCCACCUAGGCACAUGAUGGGAUCUGGGAUGGCUGGUGGUAUGGGUGGUGGCAUGGGCGGAGGUAUGGGAUCUAAUAUGGGAGGUAGAGGAUUGCCAUCUCUAGCAGCGCCACCACCCGUCGAAGGUUUUGGCAAGCCGGGCUGCGUCAUCUCGUUGGAAAACGUACCUUUCAAGUCCGACAUCGACGAGAUAAUUGACUUUUUCCGCGGCUACAACAUCACGCGAGAUCAAGUGAUCAGGCGUUACAACGACAAAGGUAUGCCUACGGGCGAUGCGAGGGUCGCACUUGGGUCAUCGGAAGAAGCUAAUCGCGCGAUCAGAGAAUUGAGGAAUCGAAAAAUGAGAGAUAGGACGAUCUAUAUGAAGAUUGCCUGAGAUCAAUUGACGGUCGGCGACGACGAGACAAAUCCAAACUAAAUUGUCUAAUUUUUCAGUUUAGUAUUUUGCUCUGGAUCGAAUGCUCCUACUUUGCUGGUUUUGUACGCGGAAUGAAUUUAUUUUGCUAUGAUAAUAGUUACAAUAUCCAGCGAGUAUCAGAUCUUGAAUGUGUAUAGUGCACAUUAAAUAACGGACAACGCUGAAACAAUUAAAUCAUGUGUAUUUAGGUCUGCUAUAACGAUAGCACUUUUGUCCAUGUAUGACUGAAUGAUCUUUGGAGAUAGUUAUAGGCAGUGCCAACUUUAUUUGGUUACUUAGAGCAUGUAAAUUAGCGGCGAAUAAUGAGAGAACGAGUGAAAAAUCUUAUGUAAAAAUUAACCUAGUCACUUGUUUGUACGUAGGUUACACAAAAAGUUGUCAGGUGCGUUGAUAACUAAUGAAUUAUUAUCGAGUCGGGAUGCGUGUUUUGUGAUCUGUCCAGCAAGUUGCAUAAAGAGACGCUUGCACAGUGGUAAUGUACCAUUUAGAAAAAAGUGCUUUUAUUUUAUUUCUUUUCUUUCUUUUUUAUUUUUUAUGUAUUUUUAUGAUCCAAAAUUUGAAAGUGACUCGGUUAAGAAUCAUUCGCUGGAACAGAAAAAAAGAACGUGUGCGUAUGCAGAGCGAGCAUACUUUAAGUUAUGAAUUAUUUUCUUUCCCUUCAUUUAAUGUUUCUAUGAUUUGUCUUGAAUGCAUGUUACUGUAAAUAUAAGCUUAUAAGCAUUGCGUUCAAGUAGAAACAAUUGUGUAAAACUAAGCGGGAGAACAUGCGAACAUCAAUUGUAUUAAGAAGAAGCGAUGAUAAUUUAAUACACCAUAAACCGAAUAUUUAGUACGCGCACGUCUAGUAACUUAUAAACGUAAACAUAUGGAGUAUAUGUUUUUAAAUAUUAAGAUUGCUCUAAGAAAAGUUAUGAAUUAAUCUCAAUAAAUUUAUAUAUUAA